AUGCUCUUCAUCCUCCACCCUAUUUCUCGAGGAUCCCUUCCCUCUCAAAGUCGGACUGAAGCUUUUACCCUCCCUCUUUCUUUCUUACACUUCAAUCUGUCCCCACCCUCACCAAAGUCAGAAAACUUGAGCCAAAUCCAAUGGGCUAAUCGCCAGAUGCAAAAACAAACCAUCAUUACUGCUUUCCCACCUCUUCCUUCCUUCCUUCCAUUUUCUUUCUUUCCAUUUGUUAUCCUUUCUCCCCCUCCUUCUUUCCUUCCUCCUUCCUUAUUCCUCCUUUAUCCCUCUUUCCCCUUCCUGCUUUCUUUUUCCUUCCAUUUUGUUAUCCUUCCUCCUCCUCCUUUCUCUUUCUUUUCUCCUUCCCUCUUCCCUUUUCUAUCCCUUUUCCUCCUUCCUGCUUUCCUUUUCCUUCCAUUUUGUUAUCCCUCCUUUUUCUCCUUCUUUCCUUCCUCCUUCCCUCUUACCUUCCUUCCUCUUUCUUCCUCUUCCAAUCUUUUCCCUUCCUUUUUCCUUCAUUCCAUUUUGUUAUCCUUCCUCCUCCUCCUUUCUCUCUUUUCUUCUUUCCUUCCCUCUUACUCUCUUUCCUCCUCCCCCUGUUCUAUACCUCAUUUUUUCCUGCUCCCCGUUCUUCUUCCCCUGCUAUAUCUCUUCCUUUUCCCUCAUUUUCAUUUCCCCUCCUCCUCCUCUCAUAUUUCUAUACUUCCUCCUUACUAUCUUCCCUUCCUCCUCCCCAUCUUUUCUCCUUAUUUUCCUUCUUUCUUUCUUUUGGUAUCCUUCAUCCUCCUUCCUUUCCUUAUUCUGCAUAAUCUUGAUACAGAAAUGGUAUCUGCUCCUUCCACCAGUCUCCAAGUCGCAGACAUGAUUGGGAUCAUUGUAGAUGCAUCAAAUUAUUGGACAUGCAAAGAAUUGAGUGCAAAUAUUUUGCAACUUCUUCAUCUCAAUUCAGAUAUUCCGAGCAUAUUAAUUUUGAACAAAGUUGAUCGCAUCAAGGAGAAAGAGACUCUACUUGAAAUGGUGCGUGUUUUGACCGAAGAUCACACUGGUGGAAUUGAAACUUGGCAAGACUAUCACACCCGAAUGCAAGCGUUGAGACAGAGUUUGAAGGGCAAGAAAGGAUGGUGCAAAUUUGAGAAAGUUUUUAUGAUUUCUGCCCUCACCGGAGAUGGAGUGUCACAAUUGAGAGAUUAUUUAUUGUCUCAAGCCGUACCUGGAAAUUGGGAAUUCCACAGUAGUUUGGUUACAGAUCAGGAUCCUCUGGUGUUGGCUCAUGAUUUGCUUUGGGAAAAACUUCUGGAAAUUUUGCCAGAAGAAGUUCCAUACAAAAUCCAAAUUAAAACACAAAUGUGGGAAGUGAAGGAUGACCAUUUGAUGAUUAUAUUGAAUGUUAUUUGUAAAAAGAAGCAGCAUUUGCAUAUGAUCAUUGGUACAAAAGGCAGCAAUAUCCGAAAUGCCAGUGAAGCUGCCCGCCAAGCCAUGAUGGAUGCUUUCCGGAUUGAUGUACGUCUCAAGAUUGAAGUCACAUUAGAAACAAACACUUAA